AUGUCCCAGGACUGCAGCGAUGAGUGGGAGCUGAGCAAAGAGAAUGUGCAGCCCCUCCGCCAGGGACGCAUCAUGUCCACCUUGCAGGAAGCACUGGCUCAGCAGGAGACCUCCACCCACACCGCCGUUCAGCUCAAAAAACAGGAGUUUGAAUCAGAAAUCCGAUUUUACUCUGGAGAUGAUCCGCUGGAUGUUUGGGACCGGUACAUCAAAUGGACAGAGCAGACCUUCCCCCAAGGUGGAAAGGAGUGUAAUCUCGCAGCAAUAUUGGAAAGGGCAGUGAAAGCACUCAACGAACAGCAGCGAUACUACAAAGAUCCCCGCUAUCUUAAUAUCUGGCUCAAGUUUGGAAAUUAUUGUAACGAGCCCUUGGACCUGUACAGUUAUCUACAUAGCCAGGAAAUUGGCACAACACUGGCACUACUCUACAUCACUUGGGCAGAAGUUCUUGAGGCUAGAGGAAGUUUUAAGAAAGCAGAUGUGAUAUUCCAGGAAGGUCUUCGGCGCAAGGCUGAGCCUUUGGACAAGCUCCAGUCCUAUCACAGGCAGUUCCAGACCCGUGUUUCUCGGCAGACACUACUGGGGCUUGAGGAAACUCCUGAUGAAAAAGAUACGGGUCUUCUGGGAGAUGCAGAACCUCAGAGAACCUCGUUGGCAGAUCUAAAAGGCAGGGGGAAGAAAAAAGUGAAAGCCCCAAUAUUUGAAGUUUACUUUGCGUAAAUCUUUUUGUUUAUAGCCACGAACCAGAACAGAAACUUCCAGACUCUAACUUCUCAGCAGCUUUCAAAUAAUGCGGGUUUUGCUGUGUUUGAUGAAAAUUCAGCGUCUGGACCUGAGAUUCCUGUACUCACACCGCAGCCAUGGACAGCACCUCCCGCUCCGAAGGCCAAGGAGAAUGAACUAAGAGCAGGACCUUGGAACUCUGGCAGGCGGCCUUGCAGCAGUGCAAAUUCUGGUAUAGAAAUGCCCUGCCCACUACCUAAUUUCACCCCGUAUGUGGAGGAAUCAGCUCAGCAACAAGGCAUGACUCCCUGCAAAAUUGAACCCAGCAUAAACCGUGUUUUAAGUACUCGCAAACCUGAGAAAGAGGAGGACCUGCUACAGCGAGUACAAAAUUAUCAGCAGGAUACUCAAGAAAAGAAAGAGAUGGUGAUGUACUGUAAAGAUAAAGUUUAUGCUGGAGUCGAAGAAUUUUCUUUGGAAGAGAUCCGAGCUGCAAUCUACAGAAAGAAAGCAAAGAAGAAAACUGAAGAGGAGAUGCAGGCCAUAGCACAGAAGAAGGAAGAAAUACAAAGGAAAAUUGAGGAGCUGGAGAAGAAAUUAAAGAAGAAAGAAGAUGACAAGCAGCAACAACUGCAUGAACAGCCACCAGAGACAACAGGAGCUUUGCCAUGUUUGGGACUGCACGGCUUUACUUUUUCCAGUGCAACAGAAGUUGGGGAGAAGCAGCCUCAGCUGCAAAGUGAAUUCCAUGUCUCUGAAGAUACUCAGCUACAGAAACCAGCUUGUUCUGAGGAUACACAAAGGGGAAAUGUGUUUUUAGACUCUGAGAAUGAACAGAAGGAACAGAGGGAUGAGGCCAGCCUUGAGAAAAAAGGUGUGGGUCUCCUUCCCCCACCGGAUCCUGCUACGGUUUUCUCCAUAUUUGAUGAAUCCUCUACUUUGGCAGAUCAGAAUAGAAGUUGUUCUGCAGAGCAUAUACAGAAAAGUGCCCGGCGCCCUCUUGCUGUUCGUAAACCUUCAGAUUCUCUAACUGCAAAGGAAAACUUACCGCCAGAAGCCUGCGAUGAGCUGAAUGGAAUUGAACCUUUGACUGAAGAUGCUAUUGUGACCGGCUCCUACAAGAACAAGACCCUUUGUGCCAACCCAGAAGACACGUGUGACUUUGUUAGGGCUGCUCAUCUGGCCUCAACGCCCUUUCACGGGGUGGUAGCUCAGAGAGUCCCAGCUCCUGCUUUUUCACAGAGUGUCCUGAAGGAAGACUGUCCAGAAUCGAAUUGUGCACCUCUGAAUCAGGAAACGCCAGUUUGUGAAGGAGUGUACAGUGAAGCUCUUUGUGUAAAUAAACUGAGCCCGAUCAUGGAAGCAAGCCUGGAAGAUACUCGAUCGUCAGGUGGUUCUGUCUCCUCAGGAUCUUCUCUUUCCGGUGUUACACAAAUGUCUGCUAUUAAAUACCUGCACAUCCCCAAGAAACUGGAACUUGCUCAGAGCUUGCCUGCUGAAAUGGUUGCUGAUGCUGGAGGUGACGAUGUAACUCCGUUCUUGUGGAGCGCUGAGCAGCGUAAAAAGCUUUUAGAUCCUAUGCCAGAAUCACUGACUGCUUCUCCAGACUUUCGUUUGGAGACUGGCGCUCUGCCUGUCAUGGAGUGUCAAAAAGACGUUGAGCUAGGAAAUGAGACUUACUGUAUCAAAUGGGAGUACUGGACCAAUGAAGAAUACAAGAUGUUUUUUGCCAUUCCAGCUAACUUCCCCCAGUUGGAUGCGAAGGGAUUUGCAAUAAAGGUGUAUUCUCAGCCUGUGCCUUGGGAUUUUUAUAUCACACUUCAGUUACAGGAGCGUUUGAAUACUGACUUUGACCAAAGCUUCAGUGAGAACUGCAGCUGUUACCUGUAUAAAGAUGGCUGUGCCCUUUUGCACAGGGAUAUAAAUCGCUUCACGCUUGGGGAUGUUAUUCGUGGCCGUAAGUCCAUCACGGAGGAAGUUAUCCUGCUGGUUGUUUAUAAUCUUCUGGGUGUGGUAGAGAAGCUCCACAGAGCAGAGAUUGUCCAUGGAGAUCUGAGUCCGGAAGUGUUCUUUCUGGGAGACAGGAUCUGUGAUCCAUUUGCUAACGAUGAGAUGACAAGAGCUCUGAAGAUAGUGGAUUUCUCUCACAGCCUAGAUUUGAGAUUACAGUCUCGAGUAAGUUUGCCCAACAGCUUUCCAAUAUGUCAGACCCCUCAUGGACAACAGCUUCUGGCGAAAAGUUCUCUUCCUUACCAGGUAGACUUGGUUGGCAUUGCAGAUAUAGUCCAUUUGAUGCUGUUUGGGGAUCAUGUCCAGGUCUACCAAGAGAAUUCCAUCUGGAAAAUCAGCCAAAAUCUGUCAAAGACUGUUGACAGUGAUUUCUGGAGAAAACUUUUUGGGAGAAUUCUGAAUGCAGAUGGUGAGUCCACAGUGCCUCUGCUGAGGGACUUAAGAGAGGAAAUAAGUGACAUGUUUGACAGCUGUUUCCAAGAACGUCUUUGUGAAUUCUUGGCUGCACUGGGAGAAACUUUCCUCUCAGAGAACUUCCUGUGAUUUCAUAGAGGACAAAUACGUUUUGUAUUAUAGAGAGGAAUUUGUUGUUAAUGUUGUAUUGUUAUUUUUUUUCAAAUGUAAGCAUGAACACUGAUUGUAGCCGUUUCUGCAAUACUUCACACGGGAU